AACCCACAGUGCUAUCAGUGAAAGAUGUGAUGUUAUAAAGCUAUUUUACUUUGCUAAGGAGGGUUAAAUGUUGAAGAGAAAAAAUGUUAGACGCCAUCGCUUUAUUUCACAUCAAACCUGUUAUUUGCGUGGGCUGUAAAACGAAGAAGGAAGGAAGUGGAAGUUAAGCCUCUCGCUUCCCCUCGUCCUCUUUACCUCCCCUGGGCUAGCGUUAGCUAACUGCAUGCUAGCUCAGACCCAAGCACUGACCUUCCUGGUGAGUUGUUGAAUAGUCAGAGAAUGUGACACAAUUUUUAGACGUCUCGGUCUUAGCUGGCUACCUAAUUGUUCCAAAAAAAAUGUCAGUGUUUAGUGUUGCUGCUAAACGCACAUGUCUUGGCGUGUCACGGCCUGCAUUUAACCUGUUAACACACGAUAGACACUCAGUAACAAACGUGAAGAGCUUCUACAGGAGAGGAAACAGCUGUUUGCACAGUGUAGCGCGUCUGUUGAGCUCUCAACCACAUAACUCCAAGGUACCAGAGGCUGCAACAUGGGAACUAGUACCAGAAGACCAACUUCCCCCGCCUGCCCAUAUCUCUGCUGACCUGGUGGACAAACUGGAGCAACUGGCAUUAGUUGAUUUCCGCACCAAACAGGGACUGGCCUGUUUGGAGAAAGCUAUACGGUUUGCAGAUCAGCUUCAUGUUGUUGACACAUCAGGGGUUGAACCGAUGGACUCAGUUCUGGAGGGCAGGACGUUAAACCUGAGGGACGAUGUGGUAAUGGAAGGGGACUGUGCAGAAGAAUUGCUUCAACUUUCCAGAAACACAGUGGAAGAAUAUUUUGUGGCACCACCAGGGAAUAUUCCUUUACCAAAGAGGGAGGAGAGGGCCACCAUGCUCAAACACUCAGAGUUAUAAUAUUUAUGAAUUUAUUCCUCAUAUUUAUUCCCAAUGUUUAAAUUGAAAGAAGUUGAAAGUAAAAAGUGCUGGUCAUGCAUUUAGAUUUGUUAUAUUUCAGUUUCACUUGACAUCUGCUCUUUGAUAGUUACAUCUUGUUUUAGUUUCAGUGUAAUUUUAUCCAAAUUGUGAGUCACCACCAGGGUGUUGGCAACCUGUGUGAUCAGGACAUUAAGAGCAAUUGUUUAAAGUUGUGAUUUACAUUGUGAUCAUAAUGCAUUCUGUUUUCACUGUUUGUUUUUUUUACAAUAAAAAUAUAAAAAAAUAU